UGACGUCAUUCGAGGGGCGGGGACACAUUCCUGCCGUCCACUUUUGUCUCUACGUGGAGGAGGCAGGACUGCUGGACGCUGUCUGGAAUUUCAGGCGCAUCGAAAUCGCACGUUUUUCUGACUGACCACAUCAGGUCAAUCACAGAAAAAUGUCUGCCAGAAUAACAAAAGAGGAAGAGGAGGAGAUGAGGGAGAUCUUUGGAAAAAUUGAUCUCGACAGCAACGGGUUUAUCUCCGAUUAUGAACUCUCCGAGCUUCUCAAAGAGGCCGGCCACCCCCUGCCUGGGUACAGGGUCCGAGAGAUCCUCCAGGAACUGGACCGCAACAAGGACAAUCAGAUCAGCUUUGAUGAAUUUUUGGCGAUCGUCAAGGAGCUGAGGGGCAGUCAAGUGGCCAAAACCUUUCGAAAGGCCAUCAACAGAAAAGAGGGCAUCCUGGCGAUUGGAGGAACGUCUGAGUUGUCAAGUGUUGGCACACAACAUUCAUUUUCAGAGGAGGAACGAUUCGCUUUUGUGAACUGGAUCAACACUGCGCUGGAAAAAGACCCAGACUGUCAGCAUGUCCUGCCCAUGAACCCCAACACAGAUUCUCUCUUCACGUCUGUGGGAGACGGCAUAGUGCUUUGCAAAAUGAUCAACCUGUCAGCACCAGAUACCAUUGAUGAGAGGACCAUUAACAAGAAGAAGCUGACACCGUUCACAAUACAGGAGAAUCUGAAUCUGGCCCUAAACUCUGCGUCUGCCAUCGGCUGCCAUGUGGUGAACAUUGGUGCUUUAGAUCUGAAGGAAGGGAAGCCCCAUCUGGUGCUGGGCCUGCUGUGGCAGAUCAUUAAGAUCGGCCUGUUUGCUGACAUUGAGCUCAGCAGAAAUGAAGCCCUGGCGGCAUUACUGAGAGACGGAGAAACUCUAGAGGACCUGAUGAAACUGUCUCCAGAGGAGCUGCUGCUUCGCUGGGCAAACUACCAUCUGGAAAACGCCGGCUACAAGAAGAUCAACAACUUCAGCUCAGACAUCAAGGACUCCAAAGCCUAUUUCCACCUUCUAAAUCAAAUCUCUCCAAAAGGCAAAGACGAGGGCCAGCCAUGCAUCGACAUCAACAUGGCAGGCUUCAACGAGAAAGAUGACUUGAAGAGGGCAGAAGCCAUGCUGCAGCAGGCCGACAGGCUUGGCUGUCGACAGUUUGUCACCCCAACUGACGUCGUCAACGGAAACCCCAAACUCAACCUCGCUUUUGUGGCCAAUUUGUUUAACAAAUACCCAGCUCUGACCAAACCUGAGAACCAGGACAUUGACUGGGGACUGUUGGAGGGUGAGACAAGAGAAGAAAGGACAUUUAGAAACUGGAUGAACUCCUUGGGCGUGAACCCCCACGUCAACCAUCUGUAUGGAGACCUGCAGGACGCCCUGGUCAUCCUUCAACUUUAUGAGAAGAUUAAAAUUCCUGUUGACUGGAACAACAAGGUCAACAAGCCGCCUUAUCCCAAACUGGGAACAAACAUGAAGAAGUUGGAGAAUUGCAACUAUGCAGUGGAACUGGGCAGAUCAGCGAAGUUCUCUCUCGUUGGCAUUGGCGGGCAGGACCUGAACGAUGGCAACCCUACUCUGACUCUGGCAGUAGUGUGGCAGCUGAUGAGGAGAUACACAUUGAAUGUACUUGAGGACCUUGGUGAUGGAGACAAAGUAAACGAUGACAUCAUUGUAAAGUGGGUGAACAAAACUUUGGCUGACGCUGAAAAAUCAACUAAGAUUUCAAGUUUUAAGGACAAGGAGAUCAGCACCAGCUUGUCAGUUUUGGAACUGAUAGACGCCAUUCAGCCUGGAAGCGUCAACUACGAGCUGAUAAAGACCAGCAGCCUUUCUGAUGCCGACAAGUUAGAAAAUGCCAAAUACGCCAUCUCCAUGGCAAGAAAGAUUGGAGCCCGCGUCUAUGCACUUCCAGAGGACCUUGUGGAAGUCAAGCCAAAAAUGGUGAUGACGGUCUUCGCCUGCUUGAUGGGUCGAGGAAUGAAGCGCGUCUAGACAGCCCGCCUUCAUUGAUGUGGCACUUAAAAGUUUGGGAGCGCUCCCUCGAAUGAAGGAAUAAAAAAAUCUGUUUUUCUUGUCUUGAAUGAGUCAAACACGUACAUGUGCCCCCACCUGAUUUGGUUAACAAAGGAAUUUUUCCAGAAGGAUUAUGUGCUCUCCUCUUAAUGAAGUCAAAACUACAACAUUACAAUCUCUAAAGAGAUGGCCCUCAUCAACUUUUUACUCUCUAUGCAGAACUCUUUAUGUACUAGAAUGCUGUUUUUUUAGAGCAAGUAUGCAUAUCUCCAGCUGCAAGGUUGUUUACAUAUUUUUACUCAGACUGAUAAAUUAAUUAUCGCCUUGACUAAGCAAAGCACAUUCCUGAAUACCUGAAUCUAUGUCUGAGAAUGCCAGAAACGGGGAUGAAGAGGCUGAAUGUUUAGGUGAAGCAUAUCUCAAAUAAAAAUAUCUGAACAUCUCUUAAGAACUUUUCUUAACUGGCACCAUAUAUAUCUACAUAUGGGUAUAAGGAAGCCAUAAGGUCAAAUAUUGCUGGUGACCAGUGCAAUGUGCCGUCUGUAUUCUCAUACUUGUGUUUUGAUUGUCUCUUGGGAUUAACAUCGAAUGCUCUGUAAAUGCCACCUUUGAGAAUGUUAGUGUUGUGUUGGCCAUCUUUUUUCAUUUUCAGGGUCUUUUUUUUUUUUUUUUGUUGGAUGAGAAGCGGGCGACCACGUUUUCCUAGCUUCUGCUGUGCCUUUUAGUCUCAAAGACCACUUGUACUUUGAGGUUGUUUUUCUCUUCCUUUCCAUUUGUCACAGUACCAAGUAUAAACCUUUCAUUCCAAGUAGCUCAAGUUAUAUUUUUUGACAGUGAUCAAAUAUUUGGUCUUUUGCUCAUGUCUAGUCUUAAGUGCUUAUCAAAAUAAAAUAAAUAUAACUUUGAAAACAGU